CUCAAAUUAGGAAACAAAAGUGCUUUUGGGAAAAAAAGCAUUUUUUUCCCCUUGAAAAGCUUGGCCAAACAGGCUAGAAAUGUACCAAAGAUUGAAUGAGUGGUGCCAUUGUCAGUUGUAGUGGUUUAACAUUUCUAUCUGUUGCUUCUUAUUCUUUCAAAAAAAUGAAGUGUAUUGCAAAGAGGUAUGGAUUCAUUCCAUUUUUCACAAGAGGCUCCGGAAAAUAUGUACAUCAGAAAUAUUCACCGUAUAACAGAACCUUCCAAAUUGUAAAACUAUUUAGCAUAAGCGCAUUAUCCCUCUUUGAAGCUUUCAUGUCAUACCAUAAUCUUUUCUAAAGCUCUACGUAAUCUGCUUUAAUUUUUUUGGAAUUUAAUAUUUGCUUUAUUCCAUUCAUAUUGAGCAUUAAUAUCUCUAUAAAUGGAUGUCCAGUGCUAUCAUCCAACUCUGCUCUCCUUCUUAUUUUCCUUUUCUCCACUUCUUUCAUAUCUUUAUAUUCCUGCCGAAACUCUCUUCUUAUAAAAUUUGUUAUGAAUGAAAUCUCUAAUUAGCCUUAGUCUCUCUGCUGAUGCAUAGAUGUGGUGCUUUGAUUCUUGAUGUUCGGGAUUAUGUCUCCAGUAAUCAGUGAAGUUCUUCUGUCUGGUUUUACCAUUAACUCAACUCUUCAUCGUCGUACUCACUUAGUUCAAUCCUUCUCAGUCGUCUUCCUCUACUGGUUCUACGUGUUUUCAUGAAACAGAAAACCUCAGUUUCCUUCU